AUGGGUCUGAUUCACGCGGCGAGGGUUGGAAGCUUGAGCCUUGUAAAUAAGCUACUGGACGAAGGAGAAGAUGCGAAUCAACUAGAUGAAGAUGGCGACCACAAGUCAGCCUUACACAUUGCCUGCAACAUGGAUAAUGCGACUAAUAUGGUUGAAUUAUUGAUCCAAUAUGGCGCAGAUGUGAAUGUCAGAGAUGAUCGUGAUGCGACGCCAUUGCAUGAUACAUGUUUCCGGUCAAAUCUUCAGGUUGCUGAGCUGCUGCUGGACAACGGUGCUGCUAUAGACGCAACGGACGAAGAUGGAUGGACUCCUCUGUUCUACGCCUGCUGCACAAGGGGCCUUGUGCUUGUUCAACUUUUAUUGAGCCAUGGUGCGAACCUGGAGGCAAGGUGUAUCAGAGGGUAUACCCCUUUGCAUUUGGCAGUUUACUAUGAGAAGAUUGAAAAUGCUGAGCUCUUGCUAGUUCGAGGUGCUGAUAUCGAAGCAAGGGACGCUCAGAACAGUACACUCCUGCAUUUUGCAUCCGCCCAAAGCUGUAUCGAGUUUGUGGAACUGUUGAUAGACCAAGGCGCUGACGUUGAGGCAAGGGAUGGCGAGGGCGACACACCUUUGCACUUGGUUGUUUGUAAAAGCGAUAAUUAUGCUCACGAGAAAACUCGUCUACUGCUAGACCGGGGUGCCAAUGUGGAAGCAAGGAACAAUGAUGGUCGUACUCCUUUGCAUAUGGCAACUCUCGAUGCUGCCAGAAUUCUUUUGGAUCGAGGUGCCAGUUUGGAAGUAAGGGACAACAAGGGCAACACACCUUUGCAUAUCGCAUGUUCCUCCGGCAGUAUGAUGAAUGUUGUUCGUCUGCUAUUGGGCGAAGCAGCUGAUUUGGAAGCGACGAGUAAUAUGGGAUGCCGGCCAUUGCAUUUUGCAGCUCUCCACGAUAAUACCAAUGCUGCUCUGUUACUCUUGGAUCGAGGGGCCGUGAUUGAUUCCAAGACUCUUGCGGGAACGACACCGGCGUCCUUGGCAUGUCAAAAGGGCCAUGUGGAGACGAUUUGGCUGCUGCUGAGGCGAUGCCCGUGGCUUCUUCUUGUUGAUGGACAGGCAUAA